CGCCUUGACAGGAUCCGGCUUGAGCUGAGGCUCGCUCCAGCUGCAGAGGGUGUUUUUGUUAGAAUCACACACUGCGUAAGGAGAACUGCUUAGAAUAGAGCUGUGACCUCAGCCACGAAAUGUGAAUUUAGAUUCUGGGGACGUUAACGGGACGGACUCCUCUCCUACCCUGGCUGGAACAGCGUCGUACCUUGGCGGCACCGUAACUCCUGGUCCAGGCGACGGAAUGGCAGAACUCACUCUUUUCUUUGAUCCAUGAAUUCAAAAUCAUUUUCCGUCAAGUUCCAUCCCCAGUGAACGUCAUAUGGAAUACAUCUCGUCUGUCGUUAAGCAAUGGUGACAUGUCUGUAGCUAUCAGAAAAAGGAGUUGGGAAGAGCAUGUGACCCAAAAGACUGGACAGCCUUUUAAUUCUGAUGAGUAUGACAUAGCAUGUCAUCACGGACUGGCAUCCGACAGCUUGCAGGCAAGUAUGGAAAAAGAUGCAACCUUAAAUGUGGACCAUAAAGAGAAGUGUGCCUCUCUACCAGACUGCUGCUGUGGGCCAGAGCCAAGAGACUUCCCUGGGAGGCCAGUGGGUCACAUUUCACAGGAGGUGGAUGAAAGUGGCAGCCAGGAAGGGGACGAGCAGUUUCUGUCUCUGGAGGCCAGCACAGAGACAUUAGUGCACAUUUCUGAUGAGGAUACUGAUUCUGAUUUCCACCUUACCAGUGAUGCACAGAUUUCAACUCCCCAAAGACAUGAACGAGACAGCCAAUGUAGUAUCGAAGGAGCAGGCUCCUUCCUCAAGACACUGUCCACCAUGCAAAGUAACCAAGACUCAUAUAACUCCUGGAGGAUGGCUGGUGAAGCCGAUGUGUCUCCAGCAGAAGGAAGCGGGGAAAGGCAAGGUGCUGAUGAUGUAACUAAAAGCCUGGAGCUUUGUAAGGAUGUAAAUUCAAAGGAAACAAAUAAUGUGCCCAAAGGAAAUGCAUACGAUUCUUUGAAUGUGGAAGAUACUACACCUGAGACCCAACUGCUUAAUUCUGCCGUAAUCGCGCAACAACGAAGGAAACCUGACUUCCCUAAAGAAGAACAGGAAAGAAAUCACCAGCGCGUAGUAGAAGACGAGUUCCUGGCUGCUCCUUAUGCCGACAGGGUGCUGCCAUUAUUAAAAGCAGAUUGUGGAAGCUGCCUUUUGCAGCCUCCUUCCUGUGCGGGUGGAAUGUCAGCAGAAAGUGACCUGGACAAGAGCGGGUUCUCAGAACAUCAAAACAACAGCCCUCCCAAGGUCAACGCAGGGGAUGGCAUGCAGUGUUUACACUUAAGGGGCCCAGUGACCACCCAGGAGACCAUAGACAAUCAAGUCAGGCUGCGCAAGAGAAAGGACACAAGGGACGAUCGAGACAGGCCACGGCUGGACUCCAUGGUGCUUCUAAUUAUGAAACUGGACCAACUAGACCAAGACAUCGAGAACGCUCUCAGCACUGCCUCCUCCCGAUCCAGCACCCCGACAAACCUGCACCGGCAUGUCCCUGAUCUGGAAUCAGGAUCUGAAAGCGGGACAGAUAGUAUCUCAGUAAACCAGACACAGGUGACUCUGUCUUCUAACACUGACUCCACCGAUUCAUGGUCCGCUCCAGAGAGCAUUUCUGGAACCAAACCCAAGGCAAUGACCUUUUUCGUUGUUGCUCUUGUUGUUGGUGAUGAUGAUGAUGAUGAUGAUGAUGAUGAUGAUGAUAUUUACCUUAAGGAUGUUUAA